AUGACGACUCUUAUUGCUAGCAAGCUGGGAUUACCGAUCAGUACUACGCAGUGCCUGAUUGGUUCAGUCGUUGUUGUCGGCUCCCUGAGAGGUGGUGAAGGCGUACACUGGGCAGUAUUCAGAAAUAUCGUGAUCACUUGGAUUUCAACAUUGCCGGCAUCAGUGUUGUUAUCUGCUGCAAUCAUGUGGAUAUUGGCUUUCACACUGUAG